CAAUGCCCACUUCCCGGAGAAUCAACCCCUCUCUCUACUGCGACUGAAACGAUCCGCCAUUGACGAAGAACAACACUGCUGUCGAACUGAAUGAAACGAUCCAAUUGAAGAGAUGAUCCGGUCGAUUCUGGAAUUGCCUGCUCGCGAAUCCGUUAGAAGGAUCCCGCGGCGAAUCGUUGGUCAGCAGAGGUCCUUAUAUCUUUCUUCAAGAAGGGAAUUUUCAACUGCUGCUCCACAAAAUGCAUCGACUGGGAAACCAGGAAAGCCACCUGAGCCUGGAAGUUCAUUACCUAAGUUCAUUUUGGGAAGUAUUGCUGUCAGUGCUGCUGUCAUGGCGGCUUAUCAAUCUGGCUACUUAGAUCAGAUGCUUGGUAAAGAGAAACAUGAUUCUCUCGAGACCUCUAGGAUUGGUCUUGAUCUGAAAAAUCAGGACACAACUUCUCAAGAUGCAAAAUCUGUCCAUCAUUUCGAAGAGGAAAAAGUUUUGACUGGUAGUGAAGUGCCUAAAGAUUUGAGUCCUCAAACAGGUGAUGGGGAGAAGGAUGAAAUCCAGACAGUUGCCCCUCAAUCCAAUGCUUUAAAUGAGAGUAAGAUUGAUAUUCAGUCUGACUCACAAGAUAAAUCUGAAGUCACACUUGGAGAGAGUAACGCCUUGAACCAACAUAAAGACUUGCCCACAGCUGAUGUGGUUUCCGAUGUUGAAAGCACAGAUUCUGCAACAACAUCUGAAGGGAGUCCUGAUACACAAAGCCCGAUGACUAGCCGAAGUAAGCUACCAGAUGAGGAAGUUAAAGUUGGGCAAGUAUCCAGCCAGGUUACUUCAGCUAGGGAUCUCGGCGAGGCAAAAGUAAUGCCUCAUCAGGAUCUUGUAGCAGAAGAGAUACAUGAGGAUGCAUCUGGUCAAUUUAUUGAAACAUCAGGUUCUCUUCUCGAAUCUUAUCAUCUGAAGGAUAAAUCUGAAGAGAGAUCUCCUGCUUCUCUUGAUAGAGACAUUGACAUUGAGGCUUUUGCUAGUGCAAUCGAGGAGUCCAAUAAUGGCGUAGCGACCAAAGAUGGAAAACUGAUUCUUGACUUCUUACAAGCAAUUCACGUGGCUGAAAAGAGACAAGCUGAGUUAGAUGCUCGUCAUUUUACUGAAGAAAAGAGAAAAAUGAAGGAGAAGUACGAAAAGGAAUUGAAAGAUGCAAUUGCUAGAGACCUUAUGCAUGCAGAAGAGGCUGCAUUACUAGAUAAGGAAUUGAAAAGAGAGAGGGCAAAAGCAGUAGCUGCUUUGGCAGCUCUUCAGCAGAAGUUGGAAGAGAAACACAAACUGGAACUGGAGCUAAAGGAGAGUGAAGCAGAAAUGAAACUGAAACAAGUUGAGGAAUUGGCAAAAGCAGAAAUGGUUUCUGUAAUUGCACGUGAGAAGGCUGCUCAGAUUGAGAAAAUGGCAGAAGCGAAUCUCCAUAUAAAUGCCUUAUGCAUGGCAUUCUAUGCUCGAUCAGAAGAGGCUCGGCAGAGUCAUUCUGUUCAUAAGCUGGCUUUGGGAGCACUUGCACUGGAAGAUGCUCUUUCCCAAGGGCUGCCUAUUAAGGCAGAAAUAGAAGCUUUGCAAACUUAUCUUGAAGGUAUAGACAAAAAUUCAGUUUUGGAUUUGGUCUUAUCAUCUCUUCCGGAAGAAACAAUUUUCCAUGGCACUGAUACCGUGCUGCAAUUGAACCAUCAGUUUGACACAUUAAAAGGGACGCUGCGACACUUUAGCCUUAUUCCACCUGGAGGUGGUGGCAUCUUGGCUCAUUCUUUAGCACGUGUUGCUUCAUGGUUGAAGAUCAAAGAAGGUGGCCAUUCUGGUGAUGGGAUCGAAUCCAUCAUUAGUAGAGUUGAGAGCUACUUGGCAGAAGGGAAACUUGCCGAAGCAGCAAAUGCUCUUGAGGAGGGUCUACAAGGAAGCCAAGCGGCCGAGAUAGUUCAAGUGUGGGUGAGGCAAGCAAGGAAUCGGGCAAUUGCUGAGCAAGCCCUGACUCUGCUUCAGUCAUUUGCCACCUCGGUUAGCCUCACUUAAACUGCAAUAACCUGAUCUCACUUGAGGGAAAUUGAGCAAUGUCCUGAAAUAGCACUGGGUGGCUUUAUGACACCAUAACUUUGGCUACUGAACCCGAAGAAAUCUGUUUCGUGUGGCGAGCCAUUUUUGUUAUUCCUUCUCAACGGCAGAAUAUGUCAACAGUAAUGAGGAAUUGUUCUGAGGUUGUCUUACUUCGGCUGUCUUAGUCUUUUUGAAUAAGAAUCUUCUCAUAAAUUUACAUAGAACUUUUUCCCCGAGGAUCAUUUUUACCUUGUCGGACUGAUGGUACAUUGAGGAUGACGAUGCUCAUCCUGGCGAACACUUGAUUCCCUGAAGUUGAUGAGAAUGAAACUGAUACGUUCCUUGUCGGUCGGCAGACGGAGUCCUGUAUCCGAUUCUUUGAUUAUGGGUUGAAGAAGUUGUGCAGCCAAUUUGUUGUAUUCCAAUGUGAAACUGAAUAAGACACACUGAAACUGUAAGCUUUAGGUCUGGAAAUUGUUCCAUCCUCUUUGAACGCA